CAGUUCUUCGAGUGUUGCCAAUAAAGACAGGUCGUAGUGGCCGGCAUUGAACGACCGACUGGACAAGCGACACAUUGUUCAAUUUUGAAUUUAAAAAAAAAAAAAAAAAAUAUUCUUUUUAUUUUUGCGGCUUUUCAAAUUCAGCGCGCGCAAUUCAAAAGUUUUUUUGUUUUUUUUUCCGAUUCAUUUUCUUCUUUUGUAUACAUAUUUUUCUUUCAUUCGACUUUGUUGUUUGGCUGGACAUUGCCGAAAAAGGGAAACAACACCUCGAUCGUGUCCAGUCGUGCUCUCCGAGGAUUUCAGAAUUUUCCUUUUCAUUUUAUUUUUAUUACAAGAAGAAAAAUUCUUUUGAUUUUGGUGUCCCCCCCCCCCUUUUUUUUGUACCUCUCAGGCAAGUGUUAUUGCCCUUCAUCGUCCGGCCUAGUCCGUCUUUUUUUUUUUAACUCAUUGAAGAAAGAAUUUUUCCAAGUUCCAUGAAAUACGUUUCCAGUGACGUUUCAUCCGUGCUGCAUUUUCAAUUGCACCAAGUGCAUCGUUUCGUGUGGUGUGUUUUAUUUCUCCCAAUGGCUCGCUGACUUCGUCUCUACCGGAAAACAAUUCAGACGCGAUCAAUAGAUUUGCCUUUGCGCGGUGGCCGCAGGUGCAAUUCAAUAAGGAAGGAGCCCAAAACACAUUCCCAUUUUUUUUUUUGAAGAACAAACAAAAGACUGGCGUUUACAAGUUACGGAGAGCUUUUGGUGGACGUGCCAAAUCAACAAGCGCAAAUCUACACGACCCCACUGCCGACCCAUAAGCCCACAUCCGGCAUCCAGCACAAGACCAACAUCAUUUCAACGGAUACAAUCAAUAACAGUGGCUCUUACUUUGCUGCCGGAAUGGCUAUGGGCAUGUCGAUGACUUCCGACCCUCAACACCACCCGAUGGGCAGCAUGAACGGCCUCUCUUAUAGUCACGGCGGGGGUGGACGUAAACAGCGGCGAGAAAGGACGACGUUCACUCGAGGCCAGCUGGAUGUGCUGGAAUCAUUAUUCGCUAAGACGCGUUACCCGGACAUUUUCAUGCGCGAAGAAGUGGCUCUGAAAAUCAGCCUACCCGAAUCACGCGUUCAAGUUUGGUUCAAGAACCGGCGGGCCAAAUGCCGCCAGCAGCAGAAACAGCAACAGCAACCCCACAACGCUGAAGGCGGCAACAGCAAAGGUGAGAAGAGGAUACGCAAACGAGGUCCGGCAACCACGACGAUCAGUUCAACAACGAGCGAUCCGUCGACCAAACCAAGUGGAAACGUUGCAGCCAUGCACCCCGUGUCGUCUGUUGUUCCGCCGGAGAGCAGUGGCGGCCCUAGUCUUAGUUCCGUAACCAUGGCCGGCAGUGCGGCCGCAUGUUCAUCCAUGACGACGGAAGGCGAUUCCAGUCUGAUUUCAUCGCCUUACGGCAAUUUAGCUAUGGCACUCAGCCCCAUUCCGGCCAACAUGAUGUGCAACAGCAAUUCACCACCGUUGAUCCAGCAACAACAACUGAUCCAGCAACAUCCUUCUUUCGGGUCGGCUACGUCGUCCACCUCGUCCAGCAGCAAUUCGAACGCUACCAAUUACGCAGCGGCGUCGUAUCAAUACCAUCAACAGUCGAUCAAUCAUUUUCACCAACAUCCGUCGUCGUUUGCAACGCCGACCACCAACAGCAGUAGCCUGUCCGGCUUUUUCCCGCAGUACACGACCGCCAAUACGCCAACUGUGGAUAUGAUGCUGUCCUCGCCAACGAUCGUAGCGGCAGUGAGCAACAUUAACAGCUCGGGGACGGCCGCCGGAAUGAACUGCGUCGCUAGUGGAGGCAAUAAUGGCGCAAAUCAGGCGAGUGUCAGUUCGUCAUUCUGGCACUCACCACCGCCAAUGAUCGAUUAUGGGAGUUCGCCUUCCAUGUUGUUGCCAUCAUCGUCCAGCACUCAGUCAUCCACAUCUUAUUAUUCUUCGCUGGACUAUUCCCUCUACGCGCCCAGUCUGCAUUUGCCAAUAGCUAAAAGCUCCGGGGUCGAUGAAGUGGAUCAGCUCAUCCAUCGGGAUGCCUGCACCAAGAAUUCUAGUCCAGUUGAAACAGACGACGAUCAAUCGUGGGCCAAAUACACUAACUUUCAAAUCCUCUAAUCCCGAAUGAAAACCUUUCCAAAUUCAAUUGUCGACCCCCUUUGUUGGUAGAUCUCCAUAUUUAAAUGCUACAUCACAUGUGUUUUUAGUGCGAGAAAUAGUCAAUUGUACAAUUGUAGCGUUUGAAAUUUCGCAAUUGAAUUUUUUUUUAGGGGGGAGGGAGUCAUCGUUGAUACAUUUCAGUUUGUAUUCCGAGUGCAAUAUAAGCGUUUUUUCUUUUCAAAGUCCCAUAUAUUUCGUACGUGUCAGUGUAAGUGCUCGUCUUUUACGUGUGUGUGUGUGUGUGUGUGUCUCUGGUGAAUACAUUUUUUUUUUUCAUCUCA